UGCAUUUUCCUCAAGAAAGUACUUCCACGCCAACCCCAGUUUUGGAACCUUCAGUCGUGGAGGCCUCAAAUACAUGCAUGGCUUCAAUAACAGGGCAAACCGAUGAGAAAACAAAUAUUUUUCAAAAUCAGUUAGAUACUUUGGACCUGCCUGAGAGUGAUCAACAACAGAAUAUUUUAGAAACGGAAAUAGAUAAAGUUCUUAAACCUAUGGAUUCUCACAACCUGGAUAUUAAAGCUGAGACUCCUCUUUCAGAAUUUGGAGAAAGCAUUAAAAGCGCAGAACUUUCAGGUAGAAGUUUAUCAGAAAAAGCACAAAGCCAGGAAGCAGAUCUCUGUCACAACAAACUUCUUGAAGAAAGUUCUUCCCUAACGUUCCAGAGUCCCGAUACUUGCCUACUGACAGAAUGCAAGGACGAAAACAUAAACUCAGCUGCUGAUGAACCAAACCAAUCUCUUACUAAUCCUAGUAUCGAGUCUUUUGUAGCAGAUUUACUGCAGGGGAUUAUAACAGAGCUGGAAAUGACUACAUCACCUGUUCUUACAGAGAAGGAGCAAAUGUUAACUUGUGUUGAAAAUGUCAAGCUUCCACCUGCUGGGCAGGCUGCCCCACUGCAUAGUGAAUUGAGUGUGUGUGCUGAAGGAGUGUUAAGUAGAGACAUGGACACUCCCUCGCUGUUUAAUAAUAAUGACUGUCUGCAAAACCAGGAAGUCGUUACCGAGCAUUCAGUAUACAAACAUGCAAGCACUGAAAUGCAGGAGGCUGCUGUGACUACAACCUGUCAGGCAAACAUUGACCAGGAGCAACUUAUUGACUGUGAACAAGAUCAAAAGAAUGGGGUGCUUUAUAUGAUCUACAGUGAACCGGAUACCCAAAGAGCUCAAGAUGACCUUUUCAGUUUGCCUCUUUUUAGUCAAAGUGAAGUAACUGGGUCUGAUAAGGUGGAACAGAAGCCGCAGACUAAAGAAGGUUGUACCGGUUCUUCUGAAGAAGGUGAGCUGAAGCCACUAAACGGUAAUAAUCUCCAAACAAAUGAGUCCAAGAGGGCAUUAGAGGAAUGUUCAGCGGAAAGCAUGGUUGAGAACGAAGCGGAAAUGGCGCAGGCAAUUCCACCAAAUGACCUCUCAGCUCUAGAGCCACCAUGUCUUCUUACUUGCGAAAAGGAGGAGCCAGAAGAGGUUGUCAAGGAUUCUGUAGUGGAGGAUGACACAGACGAGGAGGAUCCUGAAAUCUUGAAGCUCUCCCGAGCAUCACUUCAUCCAAUAGCAGAGGAAUCUUUACAGAACGGAGACUCCAGUUCUGAUACCGCAUCAACAUGCAGUGACAGUGAAGUCUCCUCUGACUCUAUUAAUUCAGAGAAGACAGCAGAGUCGGAUGAAGAGGAGCCGGACGCCAUCAAGCAAAAAGUGGAUUCAGUGGAGCAGCUUUCACAUAAUGAAGAGGUUUCUACAGUGAGCUUACUCAAAGGUCCUAGUAGUACACCUGGUGUGGAGGAUGGAUUGGUUACUGAUCCUGGAUUAUUAGUUAGCGAGUCUCCCCAGUCUGUUUUGCAGUCUGAUACGCUGCAGGAUAAAUGUAAUGAUGUACAGGACCCUAGUGACCCUACUUGUUCACUUAAGGAGGAAGAUUCUGGACUGGAUUUAUCUGUGAACAUGGAAGAGAUUGCCUGCCCCAGUGUAUCUGACACAGACAUGGCCUCAGCAGAAAACCAGGCCGGAAAGACCGAGGACGACGUGGACUUUGUAAAACAGCUGUGGACGUUGUCUGAGACUCAGUCGAUUAACAGAGAUAUCUGCUGCCCCAUAGACCAGUGUUCACAUACAGAUCUGCUUGGUCCAAAAGAAACAAAUAAUUCUACAGACUGUAAGCACUUUUUGGAAGAUGGUCUGGAAACAGGAGGUUCAUCUCAGCCAUCACUGAAACAGGAUUCUGCCAGUGACCCGGAUUUGACUUGCGUGUCUUCUGAAGUGCUGGAUGAAAUGGUUUUCACAAAGCUAGAAGAGCAGUCCCCUUGCGAUGCUACCAGCUCAAGCUCUUCAACAGAUGACACGGCUUCUCUGGAAAGGCACUCUUCCCGCGGCAGUGAUAUUUCUCUUCCUCAUGGACUGAACACGAGAAAGCACAAGAACCGACACAGUCUGGACAGCUGCUGCAGCAGCACCGUGACGGCAUCUGUGGAUGAGCGAGAAAGCGAGCACACAGAGGUAUCUGAAAUGGAAGGAGAAGAGAUGGACAGCAUCACGGAGGUCUCAAUGCCCUCAUCCCGAUCAAAGAACUCCAUGCGCUCGCUUUCUCCGUUCAGACGGCACAGCUGGGAGCCUGGUAAACAUACCGGCAACGAUACGGAGAUCAACCGCAGGAGUUCAUUGAGAGCUCUGGGGGAUGUUGUAAGGAGGCCUUCCGCUCAUAGAAGAAGUAUGAGCUGGUGUCCUUCUGCUGUGCAAUUCACUUCUGUGGGUGGUGACUUUAAUUAUAGAAGUUACAGCUUGGAAGGCCUUGCAGGAGAUGCUGAAGAUAAGAAACCCCCAGGUAGUACUUUGGAGGCGUCUUCCGCUUGUUCUAGGAAGUUGGUGGGGAGGCAGAGUUAUGAAGGAGAGGAUCGAGGCUCUUUGGUUUCCCUUACAGAAGAGGAACAGGAAUCUGAACAGAGAAUGAACAGAACUUUCCAACACGAGGACUCUGAAAGAGCUCACAUGCGUGGGUUUCCAUUUUCCAGUUCAGCUCCAGCUCCUCAUUUGACAAAAUCUAUGUCGCUGUCAACAAUAAGCCAUUCUGCAACAGAGAGUUCCCGUUCAUUAAGCAACACAAGCAGUUCGUUGUCUCAGAGCAUAUCUGAGGAAAGCUGCACCCUCUUGCCUACAAGCCCUUCACGGAAAGACAUAGAAGCAAAAAGCGGGACGAAAGUAAGCCGUACAUUUAGCUACCUCAGGAACAAAAUGUCCAGUGGAAAGAAGACCAAGGAGAAGGAAAAGGAAAAGGAGAAGACGAAAGAAAAAGACAAGGACCCAAAGGAAAAAGAGAAAGAUAAAAAGACUGUGAAUGGCCACCUCUUUAGCUCUACCCCUUUGGUGGGGCCGAUCUCCUGCAACCACUGUUCCAAGGGAUUCGCCGGGAAAGAUGGCUACCUCUGUGCAAAUUGCAACUCGAUCGUACACAAAAGCUGCCGAGAGAAUUACACUCCUUGUGCAAAGGUCAAAAUGAAGCAUCAAAAGGUUCUUCAACCUCACGAUACCUCCUCAUUACCCGCUGUCAUAAUGAGAAACAAAGGUUCACAAACAAAGGAGAGGCCUCGCUCUGCAAUUGUUGCUCCAGAUGAAAACACAUUUUCAGCAUUGAUAAGUAACAGACGGCCCCAAACAACACUCUCUAUUUCAAAAAGUAUCUCGACUCAGAAUAUUGCAGGGGUUGGAUAUGAUGAGAGCCUUCUUACUACCUGGAGGGUCCUAUCACAGUCAACAGACUCUUUACACAAAAUCUGCAAGGUCAACGAGUCCAUGGAGUCACUUGUUGAUGAAGGGAUGGAUUUGAAUGAGGGACAACUCAUGGGUGAAUUCGAGAUGGACUCGAGGCAGCUAGAAGCAGAGUCCUGGAGCCAGGUGGUGGAUAGCAAAUUUCUUCGACAGUUGAAGAAGGAUGUAGUGAAGCGUCAAGAUGUCAUCUAUGAGCUAAUGCAGACUGAAAUGCACCACGUCAGGACGUUGAAAAUCAUGAGUGACGUGUACAGCCGUGGCAUGGUGACGGAGCUGCAGCUUGAGCAAAGUGUCUUGGAAAAGAUCUUUCCCUGUUUGGAUGACUUGCUGAACAUCCACAGUCAGUUCUUUCAGCAGAUCCUCGAGAGGAAGAAGGAAUCUAUGGCUGACAAAAGUGACAAGAACUUUGUCAUCAAGCAAAUCGGGGACAUUCUCGUCAAUCAGUUUUCCGGAGAAAACGCAGAGCGGAUGAAGAAAACGUAUGGCAAAUUCUGCGGCCACCACAACGAGGCCGUUAAUCACUUCAAGGAUCUCCUGUCCAAGGAGAAGAGGUUUCAGGCCUUCAUAAAGAAAAAGAUGAGCAGUGCCGUGGUGCGAAGACUGGGAAUCCCAGAAUGUAUUUUACUGGUUACCCAAAGGAUCACAAAGUAUCCUGUUCUUUUGCAAAGAAUCUUGCAGUAUACUAAGGAAAAUGAAGCGGAGCAUCAAGAUGUAGCCCAGUCUCUAAAUUUGGUAAAGGAUGUUAUAACCGCGGUGAAUAGCAAAGUCAGCAAUUAUGAGAAGAAGAUGCGUCUCCAUGAAAUCUACAGCAAGACAGACAGUAAGUCCAUUCAGAGGAUGAAGAGCGGCCAGAUGUUUGCUAAGGAGGAUCUGAAGCGACGGAAACUCGUUCGAGACGGUUCAGUCUUUCUGAAGUCCACCACGGGUCGGCUGAAAGAGGUCUUGGCGGUUCUGCUGUCGGACAUUCUAGUCUUCCUCCAAGAAAAGGAUCAGAAAUAUGUAUUUGCAUCACUGGAUCAGAAAUCAACUGUCAUUUCUUUGAAGAAGUUGAUUGUGAGGGAGGUGGCGCAUGAAGAGAAAGGCUUGUUCUUAAUAACUAUGGGAGUGAAGGACCCAGAGAUGGUGGAAGUUCAUGCAAGUUCGAAGGAGGAAAGGAACAGCUGGAUUCAAACUAUCCAGGAUACCAUAAACACAAUGAACAAGGAUGAAGAUGAGGGUGUACCAAGUGAGUCAGAAGAAGAAAGAAGAAUAUUGGACACUAAAGCAAGAGAGCUAAAAGAGCAACUUCAGCAGAAAGAUCAGCAAAUUAUAACAUUAUUGAAAGAAAAAGAGAAGAUUUUUCAAAGUUUGACUGACUGCUGUGGCAAUGAAGAGAGCUCUCCCACCGCAUCUGGUCGAAUGUUGUUCAGAGCAGACACAGAGGACAGCCCCAGAGGAGAGCCGGUAAUGAAAAGUGCAAUGAAAGAAGUUGAGACGCUUCAGGGCCUAGUGAACAAGAAUCUGUGGAGCAGCGUGGGCCAGCCGGCUACCAGCCCCACGGAGCUGGAACCUGGAGUGGGCCCUGUUUCCCUUCCCCGAAGAGCCGAAACAUUUGGGGGGUUUGAUAGUCAUCAGCUGAACGUUUCAAAAGUUGGCGAAAAAGAGGAAGGAGAGGAUACUCAGGAUCUCCGUAGAACCGAAUCGGACAGCGUUCUGAAAAAGGGGACAAAUGCCAAUUUGAUGUUUAAAAGAAACAGUGAGCAAGUUCUCCAGUCUGUUACCAAUCUCCAUAAAUUUCUGAGCACUUUGCAGGCUGUGGUGUUACAGCAGGACACCUACAUAGAGGAUCAGAAGCUGCACCUCAAUGAGCGAGCUCUCACAAGGACUUCUUCGAGACCAAACUCGCUGAUUGAGCAAGAAAAGCAGAGAAGCUUAGAAAAACAGCGACAGGAGCUUGCGAACCUUCAGAAGCAACAGGCGCAGCACUUAGAGGAAAAGCGUAAAAAGGAACGUCAGUGGGAAGCUCGAGAGAAGGAGCUGGCGGAGCGGGAAGCUCGACUGGCAGAGCGAGAGGAAUUGGCACGGAAAGGCGUUCUAGAGGUGGAGCAAGAAAGGGCCGAGCUUCAGAACAAGAAAGAUGAAUAUCAGCGAGAUCUAGAACGUUUAAGAACAGCCCAAAAACAACUGGAAAAAGAAAGAGAACAGAUGAAGAAAGAUAUGGAAAAUGUAUCAGAAAAGAACAGGAGGACAGAACACAGUCAGGUUUCAUGUCAACAAGAUAAACUCAGCAAGAUGCCCUCACUUACUGCUGGCACAGACUGCAAAUGGCACAGUUCUAGUUCUUCCAAACAGGAACAUUUAGAAUCUGAGCUUUCUGCUUCCCCCAAAAAGGAAAGUUUGUUACGGACUGACAGCAAACAGAAAGGAAAAAGCCACUUCCCUUGGCACAGCACAAACCAGACUAACAAGGUAUCAAAGCCAAAGGAGAAAAAGGACAAGAAGAAGGGCAAAGGUGUCCGAUCCCCAGGCACAGAUACGCAUACUGUGGAAGGAGCUACUCCGGAAGAAGAGAUAUUCUGCUGAUCUUCCGAACUCUCCAUUGGUACCAGCAACCUCAACAAGGACAUUGAUCGGAGCGAGUCCGGUCCGCAGUGUGCCAGCUGUGCUGAUUUGCAUGGUCAUUGACCACCGUUUUGGAGAGAACUGCUGUAUUCUGAUGUUUGAUGGUGAAAGGGUUUGUUUUAGACACACUGAUUACUGUACAUGCUGAAUCCACAGUCAGGAUCGUUCCCUCCUCAUAUAGGAAACUCAUCACGAAUACUGCGAUUAUCCAGCCAACAGCAAAUUCCCAUUGCCACAUCUUUCCUUUGUGGUCAUACUUUCCAUAAAACCUCUAAUCUCCAGGUCCUGGCAUCCUUUUGUUUACCGAAUGGACCGAGGAGAAGAUUAAGGAUGCAUCCCAACACCAAAACACGGGGUACAUUUAGAUUUGCAUUUCGGCUUGGUCUGUGAAUGCACCAUAGUAUUCUUUCAACACAUCAGGACCAUCCUAGUGAGA